AUGUCACGAAACGAAGACCUCGAUCGCCUCCCAAAUGGAAAGAUCACCAAUGAUUACUUGAGAAGAUUAUGUAAAAGCAAAGGAGGAUACAUGACGGAAAAGCUGAAUGAGAAGCUUUACCUUCAGCAUAAGGGUGUAACAAAAAUUGAGAAUUUGGAUAAGUUUACCGGAGUGAAAGUACUGUGGCUCGAGUCAAAUGCUGUCAACAAAAUUGAGGGUUUGGAGUGUUUGAAAGAGUUGGCCUGUCUAUACAUUCAUCAGAAUUGUAUUGAACAUAUUGAGGGGAUCUUCCAUUGCGAACAGCUUCAUACAUUGAACAUUUCGGAAAACUUUAUUAGCCAUAUUCCGGAAGAGUUGGGAAAAUACUGCACCAAUCUUCAAACUCUCGAUUUGAAUAGCAAUCAAUUAAGAACAUUGGACUCUGUGAAGGCAUUGAGAUACUGUUCCAAAUUAUCAAUUUUAGAUCUAAAGCAAGUCAUUGAAGAAUUUCUAGCCAUUUUGAAAUCUCUCACAGAAUUGAAAUUACUUCGGCUUGAGGGAAACCCACUUGUGAGAAUGAUUCCGAAUUAUCGAAAGGAAAUUAUCUCCCAAAUUCCUUCAUUAAAUUAUUUAGACAAUAUGCCAAUUUUUGAGGAUGAAAGAAGAACAGUGGAUGCUUGGAAACGAGGAGGAGUGGAAGAGGAGCGUGAGGAGAGAAAAAGAAUUGCACAAGAAAAGAAAGAAAAGGAAAGAAAAAACUUUGAGGCUUUUGAACGAUUGGUUGAGAACGCAAGGAAACAAGCACAACAAACUGAAAAAUCAAUAGAUGACUCUGAAAACGAAACUAAUGUUGAUGAACAAGUUGAAGAAUUCAAAACUCCUGAUGCAACUGCCCUCAUGACUAGCUCAGAAACAAAUCAAAUCUCUACCAACACCGAGAAAACACCAGUUGACGUUGCUGUUUCCAAUGGUGAAGAAAGUCUAUUUGAUAUUGAAUAA